AUGGGUGACCAGUGCACUCUACGACUCGUCCGCGAGUUGAGACAGAUUGAGCGAAGUGAACAACUCGCUUUUACUGUUCGUUAUGAUGAAAGCAACAUUCGUGAUAUACAAGCCCUCAUCAUAGGACCUCCAGGUACCCCAUACGAACUGGGGUUUUACGAGUUCUCGAUCCAAAUUCCAUCAGAUUACCCAGCAAAUCCCCCAGCAGUGAAAAUCCGGACCACCAACAAGGGCCGAACCCGUUUUGGGCCUAAUCUGUAUGCCAACGGGAAGGUCUGCUUGUCAAUCUUGGGAACUUGGCAUGGUUCGCGAGGUGAACAAUGGUCGCCUGCACAGGGACUCGAAUCGGUUAUGUUGUCCAUUCAGAGCCUGCUAUCAUCAAACCCAUAUACCCUGGAACCAGGAUUUGAUGACGACCAAAGAGCGAAUGACACGGAGAAUAUGGAGAUCUACAAAUCCAAGAUCCGCCACGAGAAUCUACGGCUCUCAGUCAUCGCACCUCUUGAGCAAGCCUUAAAACCCCCGUCCCCUCCCCGCCGAAUGGCGCCACGGGUCGGACAGGAAUUUAGCCCGGAAGAAAAUUGUGAUUUCGAUUACGAAUUGGAACUCGAUCCCGCAUUGCUCAAUCAAAGCAAAUUUGACGAUUUUCGCAAGCGACGAUUCCUGUGGUACCUCGAGUUCUACCACAACGCCAUUGAGAAAGGUAUCACGGAUGAGGCACGGAGACAAGGAAUGUCAUUCAUCCAAAUGCCCUUUGAAGGCUACGGUAACUCCAUGACCGGCGAAUGGAACUACAUCAACCUGCAGUCCCGGUUUUUGUCCCUUCGAGACCGCUUGAUGGAGGAGACGCACCGCUGGCCCGUCGAGGGUCUGGUUUUGGUCGAGGAGGAUGCUGGAAUUGCAGUCAAACUGAGAGGUCAGCAUGAACAGAUUGCGGCGGACAUGAACGCAUACCCUCAGGUCAUCGAUCUGUCACUCGUUGAUGGUAACCCAUUCAUCUGGAAACUCACCUAUGCUGGCCGCAAUGAGUCCAAACUGGAAGGUGGCAUCAUCAAGAUCAAGAUUUACAUCAGUCCCCGACAUCCAGAAGAACAACCUCGGGCUUUUGUCGAGCCGCCAUUGUUCCACAUUCGUGUCUCGAAGCUGGGAGCAUUGAUGUACCUUCCCUCUCAUGCCGAUGAAAUAGGCCAACACAUCGAGGGUAUCAUCAAUACACUAGAUGACGACAAUCCCCCAUACAACCCCCUCAUGACAGUCAACCCAGAGGCAACCGCUCUAUGUUGGGGCUCGGAAGUAGAUCGCAGGCUCUACAGGCGCAAGCUCCGAGAAUCUCUAGAGGAGUCCUGA